AGAACAUCAUGGCGAUUGAUGGUAGAGAACGCAGCUGUGGAGUACAUGAACUUAUCUGUGCCAGAAAAGAGCUCUGUGUGGACAGUGAUGUCACCUUCCAGGGAUCAAGCGAGGUCAAUUAGUCCCUGUGUCUCCAGAAGUGCUAGUGUUCCUGUCGACCAUAGGCAUCUUCACCAUCUUGACGAUUCUCCUGUUUUUAUACGUCAGCAGCAAGCUGUCUGUCGAGAGUGCUGGUGACCUGUCCUGUUUAGAUGAGUACAGGAACAAUAAGGCUAUGCAAGUAUGUCCCACAGAGGCCUUAGCCAUUAAUCAGGAGCGCUCUGCUAAAAUGAAGUAAAUGCCCUGAACAAAGUGGGGAGACGCAGCAGGGGGUGUGAGGGGAGGGCAGCAACGGCAUGGCGUUCUUCAGGAGCUUCCAGCAGAGCCUGCCAUCUGUCUCCUCCAUUCUGGACUCCGUCUCCACUGCGGUGGACGACCUCACGAGCGCCGUGGGUGACGUCACCUACACUGUGAGUGACCAGCUGGCGGAGCAGGUGACCACUCUGAUGAACAAGGUACAUACUGAGGAGGAGGAGAGUGCUGGAAGGGAGGAGGAGGCGUCUGGUCAGACAGGAGGGUGCAGGUCCUCGUCGGACCGCUCAAGAGAUCCAAAGCCUCGCACCAAAGACCACAAUAUGAGGUCCAUGCCCUCUGCCGAGACCUCCGCUAUAUCAGACCAAAGCCCCAUUGAGGGAAUCCGGGGGGAGAAGUACAGGAGGAAGAAAGCUCAAAAGGUAGAAGACGGUACAUCUGAGGCAGAAGCCAGAGGCGACAUGCUGGUGGAAGAGGGAUGGUCACACUCCAGCAGUAAAGAAAAGGCCCAAAAGCACAGAGACUACUCUAAUAAAGGUGGCUCAUCUCCUUUGGGGGGUGGGAGAAGCCAGAAAUUCCAAGAGGAAAUUACCACCUCUUCUACAGAUAGGGUCACCAGAAAGGACAAUCUCAUACCAAAUGGAGAGACAAUCAAUGGAGCCUGUCAGAGAGAUAGCGGAAGAGAAUCCCCCACUCCUUAUUCGAAAGGAGGAAAGGAGGGGACCCGACAACUGGCAAAGGCAAAUAUAAAAGAAAGAAUGGAAGAGGAGAAGAGUGAAGAGAAGGAGAUUGCCUUUGACACCAUGCAGACACAUAACAAGAAGACAGGAGUGUUGGAGGAGUCAAAGUCUCCCAAAUCAGGGAAAGAGGACACAAAGAAGGCGGCUCGAUCCAGAAAGAGUCAGAAAGAUUCCUCCGGAAAAAACUCUAGGAUAUGUGGCGAUGGUACCAGGAAAGAGAAAAGCAGACAGGACACUGGUGAAGAUGGGGACUUGUGGGAGUCCUCCUCCGAAAGUGAUAGUGAGAAAACAAAGAAGCCAGCCGAGUCUGUGUGUCGCUCACAAACAGUACAUGGGACAGACUCCCAGUGCCAGCAGAGCUAUGGCUGGGAGACCCAGCAGAAAUACAGCCCCCAGUCUACACAGUAUGGCGGCUACAGCAGUGAAGCAUCCACUGAGGAUGCAAACUGCAUCCAGAGGAUAAACCGCAGCCCCACGCUGGAGGAGCAGCGGCCACCCCCCUACCAGGACGAGCAGGGUUCACCCUGCGUGCCCCACGGGCCCCCAGACGCACGGCGUGGCAAGAGAGACCCUUAUCGCCGGAGCGCUCCCGCCAAACGCCAUUCCCACGCCAGGCGCACCAGCGACGGCAGUGACGACCACGAGACCAAGGCCCACCACAAGGAGCAGGAGGAGGACGUGCCGAGCGACAGCACCGCCGUUCUGGGCCAGGAGGAUAUGUCAGCUCAUGGAUCAGCCCUGCUUCUCUCCAAAGGCUACGAGCCAGAACCCCUCGCCAAAUAUGGCACCCUGGACGUGGCCUUUGACUAUGACUCAGGAGAGCAGAGGCUGGCGGUAACAGUGACGGCGGCGACGGACAUCCCAGCCCUCAGGCGCACGGGGAACGUGUCCUGGCAGGUACACCUGGUCCUGCUGCCAACAAAACAGCAAAGGGCCAAGACGGGGGUCCAGAAAGGCCCCUGCCCCGUCUUUACAGAGACCUUCAAGUUCAGCUGCGUGGAGUCAGAGACCAUCGGCAGCUAUGCCGUCCGUUUCCGCCUGUACAGCGUGCGCCGCAUGAGGAAAGAGAGGGUGAUGGGGGAGAAGGUGUUUUACCUCACCAAACUCAACCUUCAGGGCAAGAUGUCUGUGCCUGUAACUCUGGACCCUGGCUGCACACUCAAGCAGGGCUGUGGUUCCCUUCGGAGCGUGUCCUGCAGCGAAGGGGUGUCGUCCUAUCGGUCAGCGGGACCGACGACCAGGCCCGAGAUCCUCCUCGGGCUCCUCUACAGUUCCACCACAGGCCGGCUUUCCGUGGAGGUUAUCAAGGGAAGCCAUUUUAGGGACAUGGCUCCUGGCAAACCACCCACCCUGUCUGAUGGGCUGUUCUGUUGCCUGAAACACUUCAUAGGAGGGCAGCUAUACAUAAUCCCAGACACAUACGUGAAGCUCACCAUGAUGAACUCAAUGGGCCAGGAGAUGUCCAAGUGCAAGACGUCCACCUGCCGAGGGCAGCCGGACCCCACGUACAAGGAGACGUUCGCCUUCCAGGUGGCGCUCUUCCAGCUGUCGGAGGUGACACUCCUGCUGUCGGUGUACACCAGGCGGGGGGUGAAGCGCAGAGACAGAGUGGGCUGGGUCUCUCUCGGCCUCAACAGCUCCGGUGAAGUGGAGACCUCGCACUGGGCCCAGAUGAGGGAAGCAGAGGGACAGCAGGUGUGUCGGUGGUUAACUCUCUUGGAUACCUAGACCGAAGCGAUUGGAGGAACGGAAGAGCGGUGUUUUAUCUCAACGGAGGAGGCAAAGCCUUUUCACGGUCGCAGCUGGGAGCAGGGUACCUUGGACAACCAGCUAAGCUUGAGAUGUUUUUUGUAAAUGAACACUAAGCAUAUUCAAGUUAGACAAAAUUGGGUGUAAAAAAACAACCCAGCAGGAGAGAUGCUUGCAGACUCCUGAUCAGUUUUGUGAGUGGGAGCAGAGGGUAAAUUAGGUCAGACAGAACCAAUAGAGGAAGUUCUGUUCACAGAGACAACUGUUUAUUCCCUUAAGCAGCCACUGAGCUGGUAUUAUACAGGGUUGGAUUUAAAGGCAUGUGUCCUCAAAGCAAAAAUAAAUCAUAUUUUUAAUGAAUCAAUUGAUUAACAAAGAGUUCAAGAAAUCUUGAUUAUUAAAUUAAGGAUGAAACAUGUCGGUGUACUAUUUUUAUGCACGUUUCGGUCAAAUUACUGUCAUUUUAUACAAUACUAAAACUGAUUGUCUUUGGUUGUGCUUCUAUGAUUCCAGCCUUCAUCAGACAAAGUGCCAGAAAUCUGAGAGGCAAAUCACAAGCCUUACUGUGUAUGUAGAUCAGCUGAACUUUGCACUUUUAACAUUGUUGAAAAAUUGAUUAAGCAUAUAAAAAAGUUUUAAAUAUAAUUUAAGGGAAAGGGAGCAGUUUACAUUUCUCAAAGUAUCUUGUAUUCUCUUCACAUUAUACAGCCAAAGAUAUUGUUACAAGUUGAAUCAGACACGAUGGUACCAUGAGGUAGUGAGGCCUAUGCAAUCUCAUUGUUGUGCUUUGGGGAUGUUAAUGUGAUGUGGAUUUGAGGACAUCAAAUCAGCUGGUACUUGGUAAUUACUGGUUAUUUUUUCUAAGUUGUUUUUCUUCAAUUUUAGAUUCAUGAUGAAAUAUUUAUCUUUUAAUAUCAUGAUGUUUGUGUUCUUUACAAUAUCACAGGUUGAGUUCCAGUUAGUCACAUUUUAUUCCUUAUAAUUAAUCCUCGUUACAAGCUUGUCAUAAAAAUAAGUCCACACUACAAUGUAUUUUUGGUCAAGAUAUGUCAUAAAAUGUAAAUGGAACAAACUGUACUACAUUAUUGCUUAUAGAAAAGCAUAUUUUUGAUAUCAAAUAUAUUAUUAAUCAUUAUAUAUAUUUUGACAUGCUUUUUCAUACAGCUUGAUCUAAGCAUGCGCCAUUAAUAUAAAUAUUAUUCUGAUUAAAGGCAACUGGAUUCAUAUGUAAUGUUCAAUUGUCAAAUAAUUUUUGAGAAGACAAAGAGUGGGAAGAUAUCAAAGCAGAUUAUUGCUAAAACAAGAAUUAAUAUUAAAAUGAAUGCAAUACAAUUCCUCAUAUUUGCAAUGAUGUGAAUUCACAGUUGACAUUAAUGACAAUCCCAAAUAAAUAAAACAGAAAUUGAAGGAUUUCUGUCAGUCGCAGGUGUGAA